AUGGGUGACAAGUUUAUCGAUGUGGAGGCGAAAAGCCUGUUCAAUGUAAUUGAAAUGUUUGAAAGGAAAAUAAUAAAUCUGUCUUACAUAAAUGAGGAGGUGUUAGAAAAACUUAACGAAAAAGAAUUAUGUAGUGUACCUGAAGAGUUUUUUACAUAUUUUAAGGAUAUAAUAAAGCUAAACAAAUUAUAUGAACAUACAGAAGUGCUAAAGUGUGAAGAAGUAGGAGACGAAUCUUCGCAAGAAAAGAAUGAACGUAAAAAUGGAGGACGCGAAAGUGAAGAAGACGAAAAUGAUGAACUUGAUGUUCUUAUAGAACACCAAGAUUUAAUAGAUAGAAUUAAAAAAUAUUGUUUUUGUUUAUGUAAAACUUUUAAAGAAAAUACUGAUUUAUGUAAAAUUUUAAAUUUGCUAAAUGAUAAGGAGAAUCACGAUUUUUACAAGUUUCUCCACAUAGUGAAAGAUUUGAAGGACAUGUUUUUGUUGAAAUUCCAAACGACAGCUGAUGAAAAGAAAAAGCGUGCUAAAAAUUUAGAAGAAUUAAAGGAAGAAGAACAAAAUAUUCAAAAUGAAGAAAAGAAAUUAAAUAACGAAUUAGAAAUUGUUAGAAAAAAAAGUCAUGAAGAAAUAAAAGAUUUACAACUCAUUUUAAUUACUAAAGAAAAUGAAUUGAACAAGUUAAAAAAAUCUUCUAAAGAUAACAUAAAAAAGUUGCUGAACGAAAUGCCUUUAAAUAAACUUCCAGAAGAAUUAGAAAAUUUAAAUUCUUUAUUCGAAAAAACGAAACAUUUGUAUGAAAACCAAAUUAGAACUUUUCAAGAUCUGGAAGUUAGUAUGGUUAAAAAGAAUAAACUGAUCGAGAUGGAUAUUCAGAAUUAUGUAGAUUCAAUCGAUGCAGAGAUUAAAGAGAUUGACGAAGAAAUCAAAAUCUGGAAAAACAAAGUAAAUGAAAAUAAAAUUAUCGAUAAAAACCUAGAUGCCACUAUGCUAAAAAAAAAAGCAGAAAUGGAGGAGAAGAGCUUUUUAAAAGAAUUAGCAGACAAAAGACGUAACAUUAUUAUGAAACGAGAAAAUGAAAGUAACGAAGCAGCUACAAUUAUUCAAUCCUACAUUAGGGCAGUUAAAGAGAGAAAUUUGUACAGUGAACAUGAAAAAAAAAAGAAAAAAAAGAAGAGUUAA